GCCAGGCAAAUAAGAAGGGCCAUGCGCAAAACGUGAUUCACGUGCACGAAUGGAUAAAAGCCACGUGACACACGUCUGUCCGAUGCGAGUCAGAGAUCGGAGAGAGCGUUAGAUCAUCAACUGUCUGUCAAGGUAGAGAUGAAGCUUCUUAUCCUCGUUGUGCUCGUGGUCUGUAUCAGUUGGACAGAAUCGUCUGCCACGAAGAAAAUCUGCCAAGAGGAUUCCAAAUUCCUACUGUCUGUAGUCCGCGUGUGUAAUCUUUACAGACGAGCGACCCUGGCUCGUAAAAGGAAUUGGUCCAGUUUAGAGAGAUACGUGAAAUAUGCACUGAAAGUAUCGAAACAGAAGAAACAGAGGCGCAGCUAUGAGGACGAGGACUUUAUCCUGGAGGACGAAGACUUGAAGGAUUUGGGCAGCUUUGACGAUGAGAAUGAUCUCGAUGAGAGAGCUGCUGGAUCCAGUAGGCAUCAACGUUCAACAAAACCCAAGAAAAAAACACCGCCACCAUCCAAGGACCCGUUCAGGAGACUGAGGAAGGUGUGUAGCUACUUGGCGAGGCUGCUGCUUCUUAGGUGAAGGACGAUCUAUUUGGUAUACUGGGGAAUGAAAUAAAAUUCAAAACACA